UAGCUAGCUGAUCACCGAAUUCCGACUAUUUCCGACGUCCGUCCGAAGGAACGCCUUCCUGAUCAAUUAUUCCAAAGUAUGCAAUAUUUAAGUAUCUCAGGUAAAUAUUUGAUUAAAUGCAUCAAAUACAGCCUAACUAAAGCAAAAUGACGCUUUUUUGGCAUCAGAUAGCAACAUUGGCUGCCUUUAAAGUUAUUUUUCUUCUCUCUUUGUUGCCAGAUCCAGCAUUCUCAGAAUUGGACUUGAUAAGAUCAGGCGAACCAAAGAUAAUUCUAUUAACAAAUAAAUCAUUUGAGUUCCAAUGUACUGCAACGGGAACACGCAGUGAACUUGCUGGUGUUACCAUCACGUGGGAAGGACCAGAUGGCAAAGGUAUCCCAGGAAAUGAUGAUAAAGGAAAUAUUACAUCGAAAGACGGAACAGGAAGUGUCACAAGUAUUUUAAGGGUAUCAAAACCACCUGGUUAUCUAGGAGAUCAACCAGGCGUAAAAUUUUAUCAGUGUGCAUUAGAAAAAUCAUCAAAGCAAUUGAACUAUCAUGUCUAUUUUGUGGAAGAGGAAGCAGUUCCAAAGAUACACCCAAUUCAGCUAAAUCAGACUAAGUUCAAAGAAACAGUUCUUUUGAAAUGUGAUGCAUCAUAUAAAAAUCAAAAUUAUAGAAUAGCAGACAAAUUCACUGUUAUUUUGCAAUGGAAGAAAGGUGGGAAAACCCUGGCAAACAAAGUUUUCGAAUAUGAAACUGGCAAGAAUACUUCGACCCUCGAACACUCGUUUGCAGUCAACAGUUUUAGAGAUGGUGGUGAUUAUGUUUGUCAGUCACAAUUAAUGCUGGAAAGUGAAGCAGAUAAUAUCACCAGUUCCAAAAUAGUUGAAUUACAAAUAUUGCCAUAUCUUAAUGGGCCAAUAGAAAAAGAAGUAAAGGAUACCGCCGGCAGUGAUGUGUCACUCCAUUGUGAUGUGGUUGGCUAUCCAAUAACCUAUGAAUGGCGUGAUGAGGAAAAUUGCUUGAUUGGUGUUGAAAAAAAAUGCACAGAGUCCCGAAUCAGACCACGAGAGAAUGUCUUGUAUAUAGAUGAUAUUGACUACAAAGAUAGGAAAAAGUAUACAUGUGUGGGAAGUUUUAGAGGAAACAGCACACUCAAACAGUUCAUCAUUUUGAGAGUCAAAGAUCCACUGGCAGCCCUAUGGCCAUUCAUUGGCAUACUUGUUGAAGCAGUUCUUGUGGCAGCCAUAAUUCUUGCAAGUGAAUAUUACAAGAAGCAUUCUCAAAGUAAGAAAGAUGGUGCGAAUACAAAAACAGAAAUGGUAGAACAACCAACUACCUCUCACGACGCUUGAGAAAGCGUUAUCGGAAAUCAUGGCGAGAAAUCUAGGAAAUUCUCCAAAACAUUUUCACUGAAAUUCGGGAGGUUUUUUAAAACUCAGCAACAUUAAAAGCGUAUAUGUACUGUAUCGGUCAAAAUUUUAAGAAACAUAGGAUACUUUUGUGUGAAGGAACACUAAAUAGUGACCCAAGUUGAUUCUGGGUUUUGAUCUUAACCUUGAGUUUUGAGCAAGGGCGGUUUACCAGACUAUGUGCACAUGACAUUUGGGUAGUAUUCGAGUGGGUUCUAAUAUACAGCGUGUGUAAAUUUUCAUUGUUCUCAACAACCAGACAUGUUCACACAAAAUACAGAAAAACGUUUCGAUUAUAGUUGUACAUUUUCUGUCAUUUUUAUCCUCGAUUGAUAAUUGAUAUUGCUAGGGGCUAGUGCUUUCAUUUUGUGUGAACAGAUAUUUGAAAAUACGGUGUGCCUGGUGCUCAGUGCUGGUAAAACAGUGAUUUAAUUCUUCUAUUAUAAUAUAUGCAUAGCCAUAGGUAACUUAAUUUGAACACAAAUACGUGUUUUAUUUAAAAAUUCACUAUUGCCUCCUGGGUGGACGGCGAAAAAUCCAGCUACAUUGUAGGAUAGAGAUAGUUUAAUAAUAUUCUCAAGCAUUUUCUAUUAUGCCAUAACUUAAGACGUCAUAUCUUAAUGUGUUAUUAAAGCGAUGUGGAAAAUUCACUGAUAUGUAUUUUACGUCAGUGGGUAUCAGUGGAUAGAUUCAGUAGAUUUA